UGCAACCCUCAUAUUGAAUGCCAUAAGACAUUCAGAUAAGUGACCCACCUCAUCUCAUCCGGUGCUACUUUCGCCUGAAUGGCAAGCGAGGACGCAAAGACUCUUUGGAAAAUUUACCACGCCAGAACAACUAUUACUGGAUUUCGUAGAAGGCCUUAUUGGAUACGGCCAAAACGAGCUGAAAAGUGGAGCACGAGCCAAUACAACGCAUUCAAAAUAAGUGCUAAGCCUCGGCAACGGAUGCAAAACGACAAACAGCUUUGGAUGCGAAGGUGCAGACUAGGAUGGUGUACAGGAACGAACUGUGUAAAGCUCUUCAGCUGGCUCUCUGAGUAUUCCUUAAUUGUGAAUAGCAAGGAAACGCUGGACGACUCCAUGAAUUUAACUGAAGCCUAUGGUCAGGAAAACCUGGUACCAGCGUUACAGUAAUUCAC